CGAAAGGACUCCGUAUGUACGAAGAAAUCUCCCACUCCGCCACGGAAAGAUUCCGUCCUUCCGCUUCCGAUAUCAAUUGCUCCUUUCCUGGAAGAUCGCACUUCUUUUCUUCACGUCCAAUCUCGCCAGGAUUCGGAACCGGCCAUCGGCAUGCCAUGGCCCACUUUAAACAAACGAUGCCGUCCGGAGGGCUCUUGAACCCGAGAACCUCUCCGUAAAGUGGCCCGGUCUCCUAUCGACGUAUCCCGGCACUCGCAGCCAUACCAAACUCUGCUCACUCCCCGCACCCGCACCCUCAGAAUUCCCUCGCAGUGAACUCCGAGCCCACCAACCCCGCAGCUUGGCCUUUGCAGGAAACCCCAGAGACUUUAUUACACAGUCUCUGCUUUUUGCGUACUCGUUGGGCCCCUUCGCUCCCAUGUUUCCAUGUUUGUCGUGAUGGCACUUGGGGAUGGUGUAUUCGGCAAACCGGCACGCUCCACCGUACUCCACUCGUGUCCGCCCAUCAGGUGGAAAAGGGGGGAUUCCCGAGUGCGACUGUCCUCGCUCGGCUUCAACUUGACAGCCCUAAUGGGGACUUUCUUUCAAAACCCCAGGUGGGACGUCUCCACGGAAUCCAUUCAGAAACGGAGGAGAAUGGAGAUAAUAGGCACGAUUUGAUAUUCCACUCAUAGAGUGUAAGUAAGAUGCUGGGAUAUACUGAAAUCUGGAGAUGCAUGUACCUCGGUCUGCUUUCCGAGACCGACCCCCCCUUCGGCCCAGCUUUUAGGCUCCCAGUCCACUCGACUGGCCUCCUGCUUGCUGCCCUGCACGGCUUUGACCCUCCUUGUCACCGAAUUGGGGCUCAUCAAUUGCCCUCCGAUACCCCACCCGGUUUGGGGUCAUUUAAAAAAAAUUACUGUCUAGUGUGUAGAAAGAGUGCUUGUGACGACCUCGUCCUUGCAACGGUUUCCACUAUCUUUGCGUUUCUUUCUCCGGCCUGCCGUGGUCUUUUUGUCUUGUUCAUCUCCCCGUAGAAUCAAGAUCGACCUUGAUCAAUGAUUGACGAACAAUCUACGAAUAUAAUCGCCGAUUUCGGAGCAUUUUAAGAUACUCGUGCUAUUCCUCGGCCGUGCUGGGAGCCCGUAACGAGAUAGCAUCGCUCGGCAGCGGCGUUGACAAGAAAGCAGCAACUACGCUCAAAGCACGUCACGUCUGGGGACAAAGUUCCAAUUCACCCUGGACAAGAAGCUAUAAGCUUCCACCACUGGGAGACCUCCCCAGAUCUCCUUGUAUAAGCAACUCGAUUAUCAGCCCGGGAAAAUGUCGAUUCCAACAUCUUCUUCUACAGACGCCCCUUCUGCCUCUGGCGAGAACGAGAAAUGGCCCCGCAACACGGAGCGCACAUCACGCGACUCCGAUUCUAUCCUGUCUAUCUCGUCGGCAGACACUGAAGCCGACCAUGAUGCUUUGGCCAAGACGUUGACGGCACGCACCUCGCGGAUCUCGGAAAAUAUGUCCCUCGCAGAGCGCGUGACGACUAUUCCUACGAAUGUGACGGCCGAUCCGAAUUAUGAGGUUGAUUGGGAUGGCGAAGAUGAUCCUGAGAAUCCCAAGAAUUGGUCAUUUCGGUACAAGGCUAUGGGCCUGUUGUUUUUGUCUUGGAACACGCUGGUAGUCGUCCUUUACUCAACAUCUUAUACCUCGGGCGUCGGGCUUAUCGGCGAGGAAUUCCAUGAAUCAAGUACUAUCGUCACCCUCGGCUUAACAUUCUAUUUAUUCGGCCUCGCCAUCGGCUCCAUGUUCAUGGCUCCUCUGAGCGAAGUCUACGGCCGAAAGCCCGUCUGCGUAAUCUGUCUUGCCGUGUUCACUGUCCUGAUUAUCCCAUGCGCGCUGGCCAAGUCGGUAACGGCCUUGAUCGUAGUCCGCUUUCUGGGCGCAUUCUUUGGAAGUGUGAUGAUUUCGACUGCGCCGGGUAUGGUGGCUGAUCUUGUGGACGAUGACCAUCGAGCGCUGGCCAUUUCAAUUUGGAGUAUUGGGCCGUUGAAUGGACCAGUUCUGGGCCCCGUUAUUGGUGGUUUCGUUACGCAGUAUCUUGGCUGGCGCUGGAUGUGCUGGAUUGCCCUCAUCCUCUCGGCCGUGGCUCUCGUUCUCGCUAUAAUCCUGAAGGAAACAUAUGCUCCCACUUUGCUGCAGAAGAAAGCGGCCCGGCUCCGCAAAGAGACUGGUGACUCGCGCUGGUGGUCUCGCUACGACCAAAAGGCCAGUCUGUCCGAGACCCUAGCGCUGAAUCUCAGCCGGCCGUUCGUCAUGGCUGUGACCGAGCCUAUUUGCAUAUUCUGGAACAUCUACAUCGCCAUCGUCUACGGCAUUCUCUACCUCUGUUUCACCGCAUACCCGAUUGUUUUCCGAGAUAUUCGCGGCUGGGACUUGGGUUUCUCAGGCCUAGCCUUUCUCGGCAUCGGCGUGGGCGUACUCAUCACCAUCGCAUGUGAACCUCUUGUCCGCCGCCUUGUCAACAGCCAUGCCAAGGACCCAGAAACCGGCCGCGUCCACCCCGAAGCAAUGGUCUCAAUCGUCUGCAUCUGCUCCGUACUCAUUCCCAUCGGCGAACUCUGGUUUGCCUGGACCUGUUCCCCAGCCUCGAUUCACUGGAUCGUCCCCUUGCUCGCGGGUAUCCCGUUCGGCGCCGGUAACACGGGCGUCUUCAUCUACGCUUCCAACUACCUGACCUACAGCUACGGUAUGUACGCAGCGUCCGCGCUGGCAGGUAACUCUGUCAUCCGAAGUAUACUGGGCGGAGUUCUGCCGCUGGUGGGAUCGUACAUGUACGAUGAUCUUGGGGCGAAUUGGUCCGGUACGUUGCUGGGCUUGCUGGAGGUUGCGAUUGUGCCGAUUCCGUUCGUUUUCUACAAGUAUGGGCAUAAGAUUCGCAUGAAGAGCACGUUGAUCGUGCGCAUGCAGGAGGAUAAGAAAAAGUUGGAGGGGAAGCGAGCGAGGAGGACGCCGAGGGUGCAGCAGGGUUCUGUGGAGGAUGUUGAGAAGCAGAAUGAUAAUGUCUAAUUGUGUCGCGGGCUUGCUUGCAAUGUUUGGUUCUGAAGUGGUCUGAUACCCAUUUGUCUUUUGCAUUGGAUUUGUUUGAAAAAGUGUGGGUCAAUUUGAUUGACCACUAAAUGUUUUGCAUGGGCGAUGCGAUGCGUUAAAUUAAAUAUCAAGUAUCAAGAACGUUUCGGUUUUGUCACGGUCGUUUUUUUUUCUCGUAAAAGAGGUGAUAGAGAAUCACCCUGAAAAGCACAUGCGCUGCUCCACGUCUUGAGCAUUGCGAAGAAUGCGCUCGUACUCGCCCAGCGCGAUGGCACCCGCAGGAAAGACCAGCACGGCAUCGAUGUGCACCGGUCGAGGUGUAACCUUGACGGGAGCAGUCGCAAUCUCAGAGGGUCCAUUUGCUUGAGAUGAGCUCAGCUGAGAGGAUGAAAAUGACGGAGUAGGUGUAUUAAGAUCUCGGAUAUAGCCUAUCACAUUCAACCAGGCGCCGACUCGAAGCUGCUCCGAGGUAAGGUCCUCGAGUACAGCAUUGACAUCCACAUAAACAGAGUCCGGCUCUUUCUUGCUCCGUGGAUAGUUAUGCUCCAGAAUUAAGUUGCCAGUGUUGACAUCAUA